AUGAAGUGGGCAAUAACAAAAGGACCUGAAGGAACUGUACAGAAAAAAACACUUCUACUAAUAGCUACAGUUGAACCUGUCCACAACGGCCACCUUGGGAACGGACGAAACUGGUCGUUGUGGAGAGGUGUCUGUUAUGAGGAGGUAGCGUUGUUAUAUGACAUUUUUUUGGGUGUAGAACUGUCCGGUUUAGGUUUCUGGGAAACUACGCACCUACCCCUCCCCUAAGCUAACAUUAACACUUACUUCUCGCUUAGGGGAGGGGUAGAAGGGCAGUUUCUCAGAAACCUCAAUUGAUCCAUGUUUCUUUUUUGGUGUAUGGACUCAGUGUCCGCCGGGACAAAAUAAAUUGAAGUGGCCGCUGUAGAGAGCUGGGUGGUCGUUAUGGAGAGGUGGCCGUUAGUUGAGGUUCGACUGUAUGAGCUUGUAUUGUAGCAACGUUCUAUUAAAAAGGAGCAAUUAAGUUUUUUAUACUACUACAUAAGAAAUUUCUGCAAUUUGAUUGGCUUAGAGCAGUGGUGUUUCAGCGUAAUUUGAAAUACCUACAUGUGAAAAUUACAAACUUUUUGCGUGUAUAGUAGUAUAAACAAAUAAUAACAUGAUUUGUACGUGAUAUUUGGCACAAAUACCACUCGUGAUAUUUUAAAAUUGUCUCAAAUUUCACUCGCCUAACGGCUUGUGAAUUUACGUACAACAAUUUCGAAUUAUCACUCCUGGUAUUUAUGCCAAAUAUCACUACAAAUCAUGCUAUUACCUAUACAAAUCUGAUGAGAAUUGCGUUAUAACUGAAAUCCUUGAACAUCAUCAUCCGCCAACAAAAGAAUCACUCCUUAGUCAGCAAGUAGUUAAUUUUUACUUCAUCGAAAAUACUCGCAGAUAUCCUGGACACUCUGGACAAGAACAAUAAAACUAAAAUCUUAAAUCAGUAAAUCGGAUUUUGAAGUACGUAGACUGGCAAAGACGACGUCUAGGAAGGCCCAGUACAAGCAAAAAUAAGCCGGUCAGUAUCGCUUAUCUUGAUAAUAUAAUGUAAUCCACUUAGUAAAAGAGCAUUGACUAGUUAUAAAAUGUUAAUACAAUCAAGAAUGAAAAUAAUCAUGUACUCCUGUUCAGGAUAACAUACUCUAUUCCUAUCCCAAAAGUGGAAAGUAGUUAAAAAAUGCCAAAAGACAAACAAACAACAAUGUAAUCCUGUUUCAGUAUAAUGUACAAUGAAUCCUACUCAUUUGUUAUUUCGACAUAUAUUGGACAUAUCGUGGGAAGGAGUGUGAUGGGGAUUAUUUCGUUUAGUAAAAGAUAUGCUUAUCAAUAUAAACCUUUCUUCAUGAGUAAUUAGUCUUUUGUGGACCGUGUUAGUUUAUUUUUUGACAUGGUUCGCCAUUAGCAGCAGUUUUUGCACCACAAUUUUGUGGGGAAAAGUUCUGCUUGCAUAAUUUUCAUUUUGCCUUAAAUGACAUAGAGUAAGAUAGAUAAAGUUUAAUUUCACGCAAAGGCGUAAUUGACCCACAUCUGCGUGCGAUACUGCUUACCGCUUUAUUGCUGCGCGAUAUUGUUUGUUCAAACUCGUUAACUGGAACUGUCGCUGACCAAAAGGAUCGGGUCCUUUGGUAACGAUUUCAAGGACGAACCUCCCCGCGGUCCAACCCUGACCCUUUCAUUCGUAUACCGUCCUUUAAAAAAUGGUAAACCUUGCACAUACCUAAUAAAGAAAACUGCUUGAAGUUAAUUUGAACAAUAUAAUAAGAAAAUAUAACAAAUUACAGUGUACAGUCUUGUAAGGUGCGUUUGUUCAAAGAAUUUCUUUUUAUUUUUCUUUAUAUAUUUUUAUUUCGCACACGCAAACAAUUACAAUACAUUACAUUUACAAUUCAUUACAAUAAAUUCUAAUUUUACCUUACAUUGAAACAGGUAACUGUUAUCAUUUACAGAAAAGAAAAAAAGAAAGAAUUAAAAAGAAAAAGAAAGACAAAGUCCACAAAAAUACUAUAAUUUAUAUGUUAACAAUUAAGAGAAGGCUGCCUGUGUUCAAAGUAUUUCUAAUCAAUUUAAGGCCAGGAGUUUUGAUAUCCUCAUUUGUACAUUUCCCAUUAUACACCCUGUUUAUCCACCCCCCGCCCCUUCUUAUAUGCAAUGUGCAAAGGACGUUUCGUAUUUGCCUGUCCGGUUACACUGACCGUGAGGAGUCUGAAGACGAGAAAAGGAGAAACGAGUGGUGGACUCCUCGUUCUCUCCCAAUUCUCCCACUCGUUCUCUAAAACAGGAUAUUGAAGCCUGCGGAGAAGGAUAGUUUCGUAUCAUGUUUUAAACACUAGUUUAUCACAGAGUUAUGGUGUUUAUGAUGAGUGUUUACCUAAAAUACAAUAUUACCACCUGCGAAUGUAUAUAUCAAUGUUCUCAUCUCCAAAAUGUUUCAUUCGCGAGAAAUAACACCCGCCGGCGUGAGACAGUUAUUUUCUUCCAAGAUAAUAGCUUUUGUUGCUGUUUACUAAAAGCGACUUUUUAUGACUCAGUCACAAUAUUGUAAAGAAGAUCGGGGUGGGUGAAUGGAAGUUUAGAAAUAAAAGUUCAAAGUCAAGUGUCGUCAUAACGUUCGGAGUGCUACUCAGCUCACGUAAACUGAAAGUGGGUGCUUUCUAAGUGAAUAAACCAUUAAACUGUACCUGAAAGCUGGUUAUUUAAAACCAGCUUUCACGUACAGUUUAAUGGUUAAUUUAGUCAAAAAAAGAAAAUAAAGGGAGCAGAAGCUAUUCUAUAUUCUGCUCACAUGAAAACUAAAGCCCUCUGCAAACGGACGCAACAAUGUUGGUAAACAGCUCCCAACAUUGUUGGGAGUUGGUGCGUCCGUUUGCAAGUAGCUUUAUAAAGUAUUGUGCCGUGCUUUCACGGCUGUAAUGCGCCUCGUCGUUUUUUAAUUAAAGACAGGUGUUAAAAGACCUCCUCCGUCCUACAGUUUGUCUCAUGCAAAGCAUACUGACGUAUCUAAACGCACUUUUUGUAAGACGCAUUACUCUAAAGUCUUACAAUAUUCGCCCAGUAUCUACCACGAAUAAAUCUCUAGUAGUAUUAGUGAGAGUCUCUGUUCAUUACCAGCAGGCUGAAUAUCCUCUUUAAGAUCUAUAGUAAAAAAGUAAAAAAAUUAUUGUCUUGCACAUAACGCUCAUGAAUAUGCGUUAGUAUGGUAGAUGGGAAAUUAGUGGAUCAAUUUUUUUUCUAGGCCUCAGGGAAUUUAAGAUAAAAUAACAGGGCCCAGAAAAAUUGCUGGAACGUUUCAAACUUUUUACAGAAGAAUAUAUUUAUCUAAAUAAUUAGUAAAUCGCGAAAACCGAGAAAAAGCCUUCGUGAAAAUCACGUUUAAUUUAUACGACAGGAAAAUAUAUCACGUCUGCUCACAGGGUACACUUAAGAGUAGAACCUUUUAAGAAAACAAUUAAAAUAUAAGUACAAAUAAUAAUUUUUAUCGCCAGCCAAGUUGACUUUCAUUUGUAAACUGGCUGCAUGCAUGCUCAAUAAACUAAGAAGACACAUUCAGGUUUCAGGCGCGGAUGCACACCGGUUUCCACGGUUUUACAGAAAUCGGUCAGAUUUUUUCACGAGAUAUAUUUUUAGUUAAAAAAAAGCUAUGCAACUAGAAAUCUUGUUCCAUCACUACAACAUGGAAAUUGACCAUGAUAAAAUCCUCCGAUUUGCAAGGCUUCAUUAGAAUAGAAUGGAACUGGCCAACAUCCUCUCUGAAUGACUCAGAAACCCAGGAAAGGGGCCUUUAGGUAGUGAAAAUCCAAAAAAUUUCCUGUGAUAGCCCAUGCUCCCUGAUCCCCCAGAAGCUUGCGCCCUCGGCGUUACGUUUCGUUAGGAAAUCGGUCAAAAUUUAUCCUAGAUCCGCCCUUGGGUUUUAUCGAAAUUGUAUAUUGAGCAAAAAAAAUUAUGUACCGUCCUUGAACAACCGUCGUUGUCCCAUCUAUAUUUUUUUUAACCUUUAUUUUAUAAACUCAAGAAAACUUCGGAAUGUUUAUUUACUUAUUUAAAUGGCAAACUUGAAAGGUAAUCGUGUUAAUCAUGGUGGUAAAACCGAGGGGAAAAAUAGCUCACCGAAAACCUGUUAUCGUGAACACCUGUAUUUUUGAUAACACCGGCGCAAAGUGCUAUUUAGCCGAAGGUACUCUUUAAUAUUCAAUUUGCAGAUAAAUAUUUGAAAACAUUUUUAGGCAUCAUAAGCCAACUUUGAACUAUUUUUCAUCAGAGCAAGAUCUUUUGGUAUAUUGUCAAUUUUUGCACAGGAGAAAAACAGAAAAAAGACAAAAGACAAACGCGACGAUAAAAUCUCACAAAGGGACCAUGGUGUAUAAAGCCACACAAUGUAUUGAUGGACUUUAAUUGAUUGUUUCGUAUGUAAUUACUUGACUGAGAAAAAAAAAAUUCUGAGGUGAUGUUAUUGAAGCCAAUGUUCGCGUUUAAAUUAACAAGACACUAUUAUUCUUCUAGAAGUAACUAACGAAAUUGUUCUUUUAGUAAGAAUUGCCCUAAGACCAUCAAGACGUUAAUUUUCUGAGCUGUCUUCUAUUUUUUUUAGCGCACGUUGGGCCAAAAUUGAUACCUUUUUCUCCUUGAGAUUUCUGUUUCUAUUUCAACCUUUGUACCUUCCUGAUCGAUCCACGGGUAAAACAGCGGGCCAGGAUAAAUAUCGAGAUAAUAGCUGAUUUGGUUUUUGCCAACCUGGCAACAGAGGCAAAUCACGUGUCAAAAAUAUGAAUAAGUCAGGGAAAAAUCAAGGAAAUAUGAUACUUGCAUUAUAUUAUAUACUCGCAUGCGCUUUUGUCAAGAACCGCCCUUUCAAAUGUUGUAUAAAGAUAGAAUUCCCGGAUGCCAGAAGAAACCUUUUUAGUUUCUUUCUGCGUAUUUUCCGCAACGCGCCAACAAAGGUUAUUAGCCGGAACAAAAGGAAACUGAUUGCAAGUAGUCUUUGAAGUAUCAGCAAGUUUUAAGGUCACGCAAUAACUGAGAAGAAAAACACAAUGUGGAUAAAAACACGGUUGGUACUUUACCUGUUAUUGCCAUCCAUUGGCUUUUCGGCUGCGUUCCAGAUAGACUUCCUUGGUGUGACUCCUUUGAAUGAACUGCAAGCUAACAGUACUCCACCAAUCCCACCCUAUCCUGGUUUACGUGGAGAGUUCAGUUUACCACCACCAGACUCAGUAGUUAUCUCUUCGAUGGAAAACCCGCCUUAUGUCCUGUUUGACGAAGAACCAUUAGAAAAGAGCGAAAACAUAACUAGCUAUAACUCGUCACAGCCAGGAGAAGCGAUGAACGCAACGAACGAUAACAGUGGUAUUAACCAAGAAAGUAAACAGGAAAACAAAGACGACGAUGGCAAUCCGACUGGCUUCAGAGUGACAGGCAUCUUUCAGGAAAUUGUGUCGAAGGGACUUCAGAUUUGCGUUGGAAUACCCCUUACUAAAAUCAACUUCACGAAAAAAGCUGGUAAUCUCCAACAGCUUGAUAAAACCAUUGUGAAAAACGAAGCUGAUCUGGCGCUACCUGUGCAAGGAAGCUGA